AUGGGUUUGUGGUGGUGCAUACCCAGAUCGCUUGUAGUUGUAGCAGCUGCUCACGCAUUGUUCCUCAUUGUUUGUGCACUCUGCGUUUCUCAAGCUCUUGGGGUCAAAACCUCACAACAACCCCAUGGCCAUGUGUCCCACCCAUUCAUUUGGCCUUUGCCUGAGAAAUUCACAUUCGGCAAUGAGUCUCUUUCUGUUGACCCAGCACUCUCCCUCACUGGCAAUGGUGCUGCAUCUCCCAUUGUCCUAGCUGCUUUUGAUAGAUACAAAGGGAUUGUGUUCAAGCACGCUUCUGGGUUUGGCCUUCUCAGAACAUUAAGGACUUUCUAUGAUGUUGCCAAAUUGAACAUCACUGUUCAUUCCAACACUGAGGAGCUUCAACUUGGAGUGGAUGAAAGCUAUAGUUUGUUCGUUUCAAAAGCCAAGGAACAUUCAGUUGCUGGGGAAGUGACAAUUGAGGCAAAUACUGUUUUUGGUGCAUUGCGUGGAUUAGAGACUUUCAGCCAGUUGUGUUCUUUUGAUUAUACAACUAAAACAGUACAAAUAUACAAGGCACCAUGGUCCAUCCGAGAUAAACCUAGAUUUGCAUACCGUGGGCUUAUGUUGGAUACAUCAAGGCACUAUUUACCAAUUGAUGUAAUUAAGCAGAUAAUUGAAUCUAUGUCCUAUGCUAAACUUAAUGUUUUACAUUGGCACAUCAUAGACAAGGAGUCAUUUCCUCUUGAAAUACCUACAUAUCCAAAUUUGUGGAAAGGUUCAUACACAAAGUGGGAACGUUACACUGUAGAGGAUGCAUAUGAAAUUGUCAACUUUUCCAAAAUGAGAGGCAUAAAUGUCAUGGCGGAAGUGGAUGUCCCUGGUCAUGCAGAAUCAUGGGGUAUUGGAUAUCCUGAUCUUUGGCCAUCACCCUCCUGUAGGGAGCCACUAGAUGUUUCGAAGAAGUUUACUUUUGAUGUCCUUUCUGGCAUUCUAACAGAUAUGAGAAAAAUAUUCCCAUUUGAACUAUUUCACUUGGGUGGUGAUGAAGUGAAUACAGAUUGCUGGAGCAAUAGUUCUCAAGUGACCGAAUGGCUCCGGAAUCACCACAUGACUGCUAAAGAUGCCUAUCAAUAUUUUGUACUGAAGGCCCAAGACAUAGCUCUGUCCAAAAAUUGGAUUCCUGUAAACUGGGAAGAAACAUUCAAUACAUUUCCAACUAAGCUCCAUCCGCAGACUGUUGUGCAUAACUGGCUUGGCCCUGGGGUUUGUCCAAAGGUUGUAGCAAAAGGUUUCAGGUGCAUUUUCAGUAACCAAGGUGUCUGGUAUCUUGAUCAUCUUGAUGUACCUUGGGAUGUUGUCUAUACUGCUGAACCACUAGAAGGAAUACAAAAAGUUUCGGAACAAAAACUUGUACUUGGAGGAGAAGUUUGCAUGUGGGGGGAGACAGCUGAUACAUCAGACGUUCAGCAAACAAUAUGGCCUCGAGCGGCCGCAGCAGCAGAACGCUUGUGGAGUCCGAGAGAUUCUACUUCUGCAGGAAAUAUUAAUUUAACUGCAUUGCCCCGGUUGCAAUACUUUAGAUGUCUGUUGAAUAGACGAGGGGUUCCAGCUGCACCUGUCACAAAUUUUUAUGCUAGAACUGCUCCUAUUGGUUCAGGCUCAUGCUUUGAGCAAUGAUCUUAUCUGUCCAAGUAUAGACUGUUGUGAAAGUAACUCUGCCUGGUUGACGAACUAGAACUCUAACUUGAUGUUCAACUCCUUGUAAACUAUGGGUUAUUGAAUGUUAGAGCUCUCUGGUGAACUACAACAGUCAUAUUGUAAGUUAUUG